AUGGGCGAUGCAGAUUCAGAUACAGAUGGCCUUACUUAUCUGUACUAUCAUAACAAGUUUAUUGAUGUAGUUAAAAAUGUCUCUGGACUAUUUUUCACUUUUGUUGAUUCAUUCCCAUCUCAAGAACCAUUUCAACGGAGUUCAAAUUUAACUAUUACAGUUAUGAAAAAAGGAAAACCAAAUCAGCAAUUUAUUAUUUGCCCAGAAAACUUAUCGUUGGUCGAAGAUAUAGCAAAUACUGCUUCUUCGUCGGUAGAUUUUCGUGGUCUUAUAUGUGAUGUUGACUACUUAAUUAAUAGAAGCGAGCCAAAUAAUAUUAUCAUGAUGACCAUUAAGUACUCAAUGACAUUUCUCGAUGUUGAUGAAUUAGGAAUCAUUGAAUGGCGCUCGCGUCUACGAAAAACAGAAACCAAGAUUAUUGGUGGUAAAAAAGUUCAAGAUAGGCUAAAUGCAGAAGUAUUUCCCAUAUCGAUCUUAGUAGUUGAUGCUAUUGCUAUGAUAUUUUCAUUCUCAAGAUUCAUUUCUUUCUUCAAACAUGCGAGACAAUAUGCAAAACAGAAUUACGUUUCAUUUUACAGAGCCGUUAUGUGGAAAGUUGAUCGCUGGGAACUUUUCAACCUGAGUUACCAGAUCUUAACCUUCGUUUCAAUUUUAACAUUUUUAAUCAUCGUCGAAGAUGAUUUCGGAGCCCAUAGAUGGCUCUUAUGUUUACUAGGAACUGCUGGAUUCGUCCAUUCUAUGGGUCUCUUCAGAUCCUUAAGAAUGAAGGAAGAAUUGUGGCUUGUGUCGCGUUUGACUGGCCGUAGCUUAGGCCAGUCAUCAACGUUAGCAUUUGGAUUCGUUCCUAUUUACCUCGGAUUCGUUUUCAUGGGUAUCGCGUUUUUCGGAUACUUCUGUAACGUAUUCAAAGGAUUUUUAAGAACAAUUAAAGUUCUUUUCUCCAUAUUCCACUGUGACAUUGUCAUGGAUACAGUCGAACUGGUGAAAGAAUUUGCGGUUGUUCCAGAUUGGUUAAUUAUUUCAUAUAUUGUUGUAUGGACCAAUCUUACUUGUGGUAUAAUCAUUAAUGUUAUCAUUUCAAUCGUCGAAGUUACAUUGGAUGUUUUGAUCCAUGAAGGCUUAGGCGCAACAACAACAAAUAAAAUUAAAUAG